AUGUUGUCCGCCCUCUUCGGGUGGUUGUGGCCACCGAAAACCACGCCGCCCCCGCCUGGAAUGCACGUCGUGCCAUGCACUGGCGUCGACCUCGUUGCGCUUGACCUGGUGCUCACAACCGCGUUUAUCGUUGAUGCCAAACUGGAUCCCAGAAAAUUGGAGGAAACUCUGCUGCUGCUGAUUUCACGCAAGUUUCCUAGAGCAGGCGCGAGGCUGGCAUUGCGAAACGGGAAGUACGAAUACCAGAUCCCGCUCGCUUUCGACGCCCAGACGCCAGCCGCAGUCUUCACGAGCGAGACUUGCCCAGAACUUUAUGACGCGUCGGAUAGACCGUCUCCCGCGAAAUUGUGGUCGAAGGCCAAUCAGCCUUUUGCUUGUGGCUACCCAGACAUGGUUCCAUUCAUUCGCGGUCCCACUUGCCCCAAGGGCGCAGACGAUUGCCUCAAAUCUGGUGCUCCACUCCUCCACGUCCAUGUUUCCGUGUUCGAAGACCUCACUUUCAUCGGUGUAACCGCCUCUCACGUGCUCUUCGAUGCAAUGGGGACAAAAACAUUCUUGCAUGCCUGGACGCGUGCUAUUUCUGGCGAACGCAUAGAAGACAUACCUGGGAUGGACUGGGAUGCGCAGCCCUUCGCAACCUUCUCGCAACCAGCGCCGGCUGGGUGGGUGCAGCGGGGAUUCUUUGAUCUAGGGCUCAUAUCCAAGGCUUCCUUCAUUGCGCGAAUGGUGCUGAGUCUAAUGCGCGACCCAAAAGACCACGGAAUGUAUGUCUGUGUGCCAAAGCCAUUUCUGGAGGCUGAGAAGCAGAAGAUUAUGGAUGAGUUGAAAGAGGAGGGCUCCAAAGAAUGGGUCAGCAGCUCCGAUGUGCUUGUGGGGUGGUGGCUGAAGACGGGUUACAAACAUCGCCAAGACUUACAGACGCCCUUUCACCUCCACUUGCCCGUCAAUGUGCGAAAACACGGGAUUUUCUCGACCGCUUCAGGCGACAUUGGCGGCCCGUUUAUCAACAAUGCUGUCAUGGGCAUCUCUAUCCCUCCGUUCACUAUCGGUGACCUCCACACCAUGUCAUUGCGCGAUAUAGCGUUGAGAAUUCGACGCGCCAUCCUCGCCUACAACAACGAUCUAGAGGGUAUCAAGAACGAUGUCAGUUGGCGUUGCGCGAACCCUUCAAUGAUGGUAUUUCCUUGUCCACCCGGAGCGGAAUACUCGUUCCAGACCAACUGGCGGACCGCUGGCUUUGGCCAGCUUGAUUUCUCCGGCGCGUUGGUAGCCCCAAAGAAACAGGCGCGGGUGAUUUGGGUCACGGGUCAUUCGACUUCGGGUAACCCGAUGCCUAUGCGGGGCAGCGGUGUGAUGCUGUUCGAGAACGACGAUGUUGUGUGGAUGGGCCAGAUGAGGACAGUCGGAGACUGGGAAGAUAUCAGACGGGCCGGUGCCCUUAAGUUUAUUGAUUAG